CAAAGGCCCCGCUGCUUUACUUUCUCGAAAACCGCGCAGAUCUUCUCAUUCGAGCGGAGACCCCAGCUCGAGUCGUCCUUCGGAUUUGGACACGCCGAAGGAACUCUUCAGGAAUGGGUCUUUUCGACGAUAAUUACGUCUGCUCUUUGGGCGCGGACACAGCAAAAUUCGCCAAGGAAGACUUGCGAGAGGACGAGGCAACGAGAGAGCAUGGAAUUAAGGCGAUGCGUGAAUGGCUGACCAAAAAUCCAGACAUAAAAAAUUGCCGCUCAGACGCCGUUUUUCUGCUGCGGUUUCUGCGCUGCCGCAAAUUCAGCGUACCGCAGGCGCAAGAACUGCUGGAGCGGUACCUCGCGAUAAGACAAACAUACCCCCACUGGUUUCGCAAACUGGACGUUAAUGAAGCUGAUUUGCUGGAAAUCAUCGACGCAGGGUACAUCGUUCCACUUCCGGAAAAAGACUGUUUUGGGCGUCAAAUAAUCUUGACAAGAUCAAAAUGCCUGGAUGCAAUGAAGUUCAACUCGACGCAAAUGGCCAGGCUGCACAGCUUGGUGGUCGAAGUUUUGAUGGACGACGAGGAGAGUCAAGUUCGUGGCUUUGUGCACGUAAAUGAUGAGGACGGUCUCUCGAUGAGCCACUUGAGCAUGUGGUCCCUCGCGGACGUGCGCACAAUGAUGAAUUGUAUCCAGAAAUCGACCCCAAUGCGACUUAAGGGCACUCACUUCAUCAAUCUUCCCGGCAUCGCCAACGCCUUCUUUGAAUUCUUUAUUUCCCUGCUGAACGACAAGUUGCGAGGACGCAUCCAGACUCACAAGAACUACAGCGACCUGCACAAGUCAAUCGACAAGAAUGUCCUUCCGAAAGAAUACGGCGGCACGGUUCCGGUGAAGGAUAUGAUCGAACAAUUCAAGACCAAGUUGAAGGCGUUCGAGGACAGAAUUGCAGCAUUGGAGCCGAUGACCAUUAACAUUAGGCCAGGGUCUAAAUUGAAAAAUGAAAUUUCACCCGAAAAUAAUCUCCAAGGGAUUACCGGAAGUUUCAGAAAACUCGAGGUUGAUUGAGUAAUACAGAGUCCUCUAAAAUUGUGUCUAUAUGUGUGUGAAUGAAUGAGUGGAAAAUUUUAGGGUUAAUUAAAUGUCCAGCCGCUGCAGCGUACGUUGAUAAAAUCACUACCUGCUUCCGGUAUAGGUGGUAUAAAGUUACCUCAAACGCAGUCCAUACAAUCGGCAAUCAUUGAUUGGUUGACUAUAAUGGAUUGUGUAAUAACUGCUACACAUGUAAGAUCAUAGAACAUAAUAAGAGACAGAGAUAAUAGCAUUUUCAGAUUUUUAUUAUCUUUAUAGCCUAAUUGAUUAUGUAAAUAAAAGCUUUUAAUUUUAAUUGUUAUGUACUUGUAUAAACGUCGCAUGUACAAUGUGAUUUCAAACGCACAAAAUUUUUAUUAAUUUUUGAUGUAAAAAUAUAUUUUCAAAUUAAAUUAAGUUCUGGAAAACAAGAAAUAA